UGCGUCGUGACGUCGGCGCAACGUCGGCGGACGUCAAAGGCGCAGGAGGGGGAGGCGGCCCAGGCGCCCUGAGGCGUGUUCGAGGCAGUUGUCGUAGCGAUGUGGCCACGUCGGAUGAAAGCAGCGAUGGAGCUCGCGGACAGGCCUACAGAUUUAGCGCCAUUGCGUUAACAAACAUCAACGAGAUACAGGGACGUGGCGGCGGCGGUGGCGGCUGCGGCGGGGGAGCAGCCAGGGAAGGGAAGACGUAAGUUGGACCGACCGCAGUGCGGCACUCCGCCGGCGGAGGGGCACCACGCCCGGCGCCCUGAUUCAGGCAAGGCCGCAGGGGCCCGAACGCAGCUAGGCCGCAAGGGCGGUCCUAUUUUUUUUUUUAAACCACAAAUUUUCUUUGCGCUUUGAGGCGAUUUAACAAAAUAACGCAGACGCCGUCGUGAGCGUUCGUACGCCAUCAACGGAGAGCAGCCCGGCGCGAUGGAGUCGGCGAAGGUGAAGCUUCCUCGCCGCAAAUGGGAGGUGUUCCCAGGCAGGAACAGAUUUUGCUGCAAUGGGCGCAUCAUGAUGGCCAGGCAGUCUGGUGUUUUCUACCUCACUCUGGCACUCAUCACCAUCACCAGCGGCCUCUUCUUCGCCUUCGAUUGCCCGUUCCUGGCGGAGAACCUGAACCCCGCGGUGCCGGCGGUCGGCGCGGCUCUCUUCAUCUUCGUCAUGUGCAGCCUCCUGCGCACGAGUUUCAGCGACCCCGGCGUUCUGCCCCGCGCGGCCGCUGACGAAGCGGCCGACCUGGAGAAGCAGAUCCUCGGCUCGGACGAGGUGGCGAACGGCGGCAACGCAAACAACUACCGGCCGCCCCCGCGCAUGAAGGAGGUGAAAAUCAACGGGCAGAACGUGAAGCUCAAGUACUGCCUCACGUGCAAGAUAUUCCGCCCACCGAGAGCCUCCCACUGUAGCCUCUGCGACAACUGCGUGGAGCACUUUGACCACCACUGCCCCUGGGUGGGCAACUGCGUCGGCAAGAGGAACUACAGAUUCUUCUACAUGUUCGUCCUCUCCCUGUCGCUUCUCACUGUCUACAUCUUCGCGUUCAUCAUCGUGCACAUAGCCCUGCUGUCUCAACGCGACGGCUUUCUGAACGCGCUCAAGGACAGCCCUGCGAGUGUGCUGGAAGCGGUCGUCUGCUUCUUCUCCGUGUGGUCGAUCAUCGGACUCUCGGGGUUCCACACCUACCUGGUGGCCUCCAACCAGACCACCAACGAAGACAUCAAGGGCUCGUGGUCCAGCAAGCGAGGAAAGGAUGUCUACAACCCGUUCAGCCACGGCAACGUCUUCUCCAACUGCUGCGCCGUGCUGUGCGGCCCCCUGCCUCCCAGCUUAAUUGACCGGCGGGGAGAGAUCGAGGAAGACGCCUUGAAGACGGUCGCCGUUCACAACGGCCUCAACACCUCGGGCUCCUCGAGCUCUCAGCCUAUGGUAGGCCCCGAAGCGUAGCGGCGUCCUCCUGCCGCUGCUGCCUGCAAAAUCAUCCUCGUGGUUUUAAUAUUCUUACUUAACAUCGUCCAAUUGUAGUUUUUGUUCAUUGUCGUCGUUGUUAUUAUUUUGCAUCCUUUCAUUUUUUUUUAAAAUUUGAUUUGAUGACUGGACAAAUCGCAUUCACUGGACGCUUUUAUUCUUUGGAAAAGCCACGCCACCAUACUUCGUAAACAAAAAAAACAAAUCCACCACCGACGUUUUAGUUUACCCGUCGCUCCGACUCUCUACUCGCCCGCGGCGUUUGCUUCGCGCCGUGUAUAUUUAUUUAUAUACACACACACACUUGUUGCUCGUCGGUAUAUCACAAUUUAUUUUAAAUCACUGAAGUUGUGGUCUGGGUUGGUUGGGCGUGGGAUGGGUGGCGUGGGGGGUGGGGGGGCGGGGGCGGUUGGCGUUUUAGAGAGCGAGAAGAACGCUGUGUGCGCACUUUGAACCCAGCCACCGCUCCGUCGUGUCGUCCCCUCUCGCGAGCGCUUUUCGUGAUGCGCUCGUUGAUCUCGUGACCCCCGUCGGAGAUUCUCGUGUGAGUUUGGCCGGUCGCGGGGGCGGCGCGCGCCCUUCUAGAGCGAGACGGACGAGACCCCCCCCCCCCCCUCCCGCCCCCGCAACGCAAAGAGGCCUUUGGUGACGCCCGUUAGGCUUUGUACAAAGGGAUUUAUUAAUUCGAUUCUGUAUCAUUUUAGAGUGCGUAAGAAACGCGACGUCCUGAAAGGCAAUGCAUUGUCACACGCUCGGUGUCAAGAGUUCCAAAUUAUAUAUCUUUUCCAUAAUAGAGGUUUUUAGGUUAGAUCACAUGAAUAUAAAUGUGUCGCGAAAGUCUACGUGUUAAAGUAUAUAUUUGUUGGUCCCAGUGUGUCAUGUCAAUAGCGCGAUGGGAAUAUAAUCGGGACGGACAAAUUGCUGUUUGGUUUGCCUCUGACCAAAUCGCCCGCAACGAACUCGUCGGAUCUCCAAAUCUCUCUUGGGCUGCGCCUGGAUGUUGCUUGUACGCAUGUGCGUUGAACUUCGUUAGCACCCUACGUAGCCAGCCGUGCUAAAUCGAAGGUGCGGGCAAAGGACAACAAACUAAAGACAAACCAAGCAGUCCUAAACGUGCUUCGAGCUUCUCGCGGAAUAAUUAUUGCGCGUUAUAUUUUAGUUGCAACGAUUCGUAACCGUCGUGUGCUGUUGUGGACUGGGCGAGAGAGCCACCCACCACCACCCCCCCCUUCCCAUCCUAUUUCUCUGUCGUUCGUUCUAGAACCAUCCUACCAUUCUCCGCUACAGUUUGCCGCUAUAUGAAAACACAACGGUGCGUCGCACGGUGUAAACACCACGAUCAUCACGUCAACGUUCAUUCGGCAAAAUAUCGUUUUCUCGUGAUUAUCGACACUCGUUUAAUUUAUAAUUGAUAUUUUACGUCCUGAUCCACAUACGUACGAUUUAGAAAACACGGUCAUCAAAGUUCCAAAUAUUUAACUGUUACCCGCUUAAGUGAUGGCGUGAUGGUCAUGUGACAUCUUGAAUUUUUUGCGUUGUGGAUCUUUUAAUUGUUUCUGUUUUAACUGGCAGCAUAAAUGCUUUUGUAAAUGUUACCGAUCGCAAAAAAAGUCGCCAUGAUUCGAAGACUUGCGUUGAGUUAACAUCAGCCGAGGAACUUUUUUUAAAGUUGUCAUCACGCACACUGCAAGCACGGCAACGCACAAAAACGGGACUCAAAUACGUAAAAAAUCGCGCGCGAAAAAGUGAUCGGUAAUUUGAAGCCGCAAUAAUCGGCGUAUCGUGAAAUUGUACAGCGUAGCAGUCCGACCAAUCGGAGACGACCACCCACCUUUUGCAUGGCGCAGUGCCAAAGCGUGCGAUUGGCUGGUUGGCCACCGGUGGUGGGGGUGGGCGGGGCGUGCGGUGGCACUUGGCCCACUGUUUGCAUCAGCCGGAAUUGUGGGUAAAUUCAUGCAGGUGCACGUUGGGAAAGCUUAAAUCCGUUUGCUUAGAUACACCCGACGCAGCUGUUUGUGAGAUUCGUUUGGUAUUUUUGUUUUUGGCCACUAGAUGCCAAAUAAUUUUUGUCGUUUUACCUUUUUUUCACUGAAAUGUAAUCUUAUAGUACGUAUUUGGUCGUCUGGCACGAACACUUUAAUGGUUUACAGAUAGGUUAAUCUGUGUGACAUCUGCAGCAGAACAUUGUAUCCCCGGCAGCCUUAAUGCCAGAUUUCACUGGUUUUCAUAAAAAAAAAAUCAAUCAAAUUCCCUUUUGUUGUUGCUUAAAGUAAAACGGACGUAGCCGACAAAGCGAGCAGCUCUCGCCUUGUCGAGGUCUCCUAGGCUGCGUGGUCCUUCGGGCUGUCAAAACUGCGGUUGGGGGGGGAGGGGGGGGCGGAUGCUGCGUUUUUUGAGAAAGAAAGUCACCUUCGAGUUGGGCAGCAGCAGCAGAAACGACGUCGCAUCGCAGUCGUCUUCCUUUAGACGGGUGGCGUCGGUGGGCACGUCUGGAGCGAUUUGCGGUGGACGCUCCUGAAAGUCGAUUGGAAAGUCUUUGCGAUCGUUGGAGGAAGCAUCGGACUUUUUUUUGCCCACGAGCCAUGGCCCCGCAGCUCGGCGUGUCUCUCUACAGUGCCUCCUUUCUCCGUUGGGCAAGCGUCUAGGCGCAGCGGCACGGGUGGUUUUUCCACUGCCUGUUUUUGCUGUGCCGACCCGCAAAAACCGAACCGCGCGAUACACCACCGGCCUUGCGAGGAGACAUCCGAGUCUGCGUUGGGGGCCCAAGCAGGGCCACUGGGCGGGGCGGGGGGCGGGGGGGAGGGUGUAACAGACUCGGUCGCUGCGUGUGACGUCGGCGGCACGGCUCGGUUGGUUUCUGCAGUGGAAAAACAACCUGGGGGUCUCCUGAGCCGCAGCGGGCUGGAUGUGUGUGUGUACGUUGAGCUUCUUUCCAUACGUAGCCAACCGUGCUUCAUCGGACAUGCGGAGGAAGGCCAUGGCAUGGUUUGGCACGGCCCGGCACGGCAUGGCCCGGCCCGGCCCCGGGAAAGCCUGGCCCUCGCGCAGUUCAGAUGUGCACAAGAGCUGGGGAUGUUCGUUGUGAGCAAAACAAAUUAACUUGGGCUAAUGUUUCCUUGAAAAGGGUUGCAAUAGCUAACGGGUGAAUGACCUCCUUCCUGAAGCCAGGCCCCCCAGUCAGCCAAAAAAACAUCGAGGCGACCUCACCCUCCUGUGACAAAAAAAACAAGAAUGAAAAAAAAAUCCCGGUUUGUUUUUAAAAAUUGUAUGAACCCAUUCGGUUAGCGUCGCCGAAUCGGCCAGAAUGUGCCCGACCAUCGCCAGAUCGUGGAAGCUACGCGGGGGUUGAGCAUGAAUUUUUGCGCCUUUACGGACGUGGCUGCCCUGCGCGAAAGACGGGUGCCACAGCUGCCACAGUGGGGCAGUGCAGCAGAAUCCAUUGCUGCUCUGCACUCAACGCAACUGUUUUUUAAAUUUUAUUUUACCAGGUAAGGCCCCACCCCCCCCCCCCCCCCCCCCCACUG